AUGGACUUCACCGGACAAUACAACUUCCCCGGCACUCAGCCCUACCACCAGUUUAUGCCGAUUCCUCCUCUAACACCAUCGCACUCGCAUUCUGCCGGCUCCGACGACUUUAAUGCAUCCCCGCCUGAAAACUACGACAACUUGCCCACAAACCACAACGAUCAGUUCCAGGCCUUCGACUACGCCUCCCAGGGCUUCAACGGCAACCCUCACCAGCCGGCUACCGCUUUUCCAGGGCCGCCGACUCCUCCUGGCCAGAACGUCUUUGCCGCCCAGGUCCAGUCUGUUCAUCACCAGCAGCAGCAGCACGGUGCCGCCAAGAUCGACUCCCCCGAAGACCAGAAUGGCGUUCGUGGUGGUAGCGAGGAGGAUGAUAACCUGACACCGGCCCAGUCCCGCAGGAAGGCCCAGAACCGUGCUGCACAACGUGCUUUCCGUGAGCGAAAGGAAAAGCAUGUCAAGGACCUUGAGGCUAAACUCGCGGGUCUUGAGGCGGCACAGCAACAAGCGUCCCUCGAGAACGAACGUCUGAAGCGAGACCUCCAGAAAAUGUCGACUGAGAACGAGAUUCUGCGUGCCACCUCGCACGUCGGCCAUGGCUCCAUCUCUCCAGAGCCUGCCACCGGCCCGAUGCGCUUUAACCCUACCGAAUUCUACUCCAACGUCCUCCAGAACCACACCAACAAAUCCCCCUCGCACCGCAUCGUCACCGCAGAUGAUGGCGAACGGCUUCUUGCCGCCGGCGCUGCAUGGGACUUUAUCAUCUCUCACGAACUCUUCAAGAAGGGUCUUGUCGAUAUUGGUGAUGUGAGCGAGCGCCUUAAGCACUGCGCACGAUGCGACGGUCAAGGACCUGUCUUUUCGGAGCGUGCCAUCAAGAGCGCCAUUGAGCAGAGUGUUGCCAGCGGCACGGAUGACCUUUUGUAAAUGGUCACGAAAGAGGAGAAGUGAGCAAAAGGAGGAUACGCGGCGUAUACGGAUCUUGGAUGAUUGAUGUGUAUCACGGCGAAGGAGGCUGGUCUGGUGGAUUGGAUACCCCGCCCGCCGGGGCUUUAUGGCGUGGCGUUUUAUGCUUGUGAUUCUCGUUUGGUCCAGGAAGUCGACUGUUGAAACUCCUUUGGGGGGUGAUCAAGGACUCUUGUUGAGGACGUGCAUAGCCUGAUGAUAUACGACGAGCACAGCGGGUACAAGGAGUUACUAGGGGGGAUAGACGUGGAUCGUACGUAAGGACGACCAGGCCGAGGGGAUUUUGUCUUUGAUUUUUGAUUUUUUGUGUGCUUGGGUUUAUAUGUAGUGAUAUUUGAGUGAACAUAGGAAAAAAAAAAGCGGUUCAACAGUCA